UCAGUGGCAAAGUCAGCGAGUUAACAUCGUGCUAAACACACUUCUACACACAGUUCAUACUAAAAGUAUAUAAACAAAACAUAAAAUGGGUUGCAAAGCUUGUGGAACCAACUGCCAGUGCUCGGCCACCAAGUGCGGCGACAACUGCGCCUGCAGUCAGCAGUGCAACUGCGCCUGCAAGAAUGGACCCAAGGAAAAGUGCUGCUCCACCAAGAAUUGAUUGAACACAAAUUAUAAUUAAUAUUCGGCUACAGACUAAUGAGAACAUUAAUAAACAUCAAAAUAAUACUUUAACUAGCUUGACUUUGUUAUUUUUCCUUGUCUAAACAUAUCUAUUAAAUGCUAACAAAUCGGA